GGCCUUGCCCGGCGGGCGUCCAUUGGCGGCUGCUCCCGGCGUCCGCGGUGCAGCCGGCUGCAAAGCCCGCAGGUGCCCCGCGCGCGCGCGCCAGACCCGAGUGGGUAGGGGGCGCAGCACUCGCCAUGCUGCGCGCGCCGCGGACCCUGGCUCCGGCCACGGUGCAACCUACAAAGAGCUUGCCGGCGCUGAACCCCACCGAGCUGUGGCCUUCGGGUCUGAGCAGCCCCCAGCUCUGCCCGGCCACCACCGCCACCACCUACUACACUUCGCUUUACACGCAGACGGUGCCUUCCUCUGCGGCGCUGGGCACCUGCCUCGACGCCACUCCCCACGGACCCGAGGGCCAAAUUGUGCGAUGUGUACCCGCAGGCCGGCUGCCGGCCAAAAGGAAGUUGGACCUGGAGGGCAUUGGGAGGCCUACGGUCCCUGAAUUCCGGACCCCCAAGGGGAAGUGCAUCCGCGUGGAUGGUUUGCCAAGCCCCAAAACCCCCAAGUCUCCUGGGGAGAAGACACGCUACGACACGUCGCUGGGGCUGCUGACCAAGAAGUUCAUUUACCUCCUGAGCGAGUCGGAGGAUGGAGUCCUGGACCUGAACUGGGCAGCGGAGGUGCUGGAUGUGCAGAAGCGGCGCAUCUAUGACAUCACCAACGUGCUGGAGGGUAUCCAGCUCAUCCGCAAGAAGUCCAAAAACAACAUCCAGUGGGUAGGCAGGGGACUACUUGAAGACCCCACCCGACCCUCCAGGCAGCAGCAGUUAGGGCAGGAGCUGAAGGAGCUGAUGAAUGCGGAGCAGACCUUGGACCAGCUCAUUCAGAGUUGCUCGCUGAGCUUCAAGCACCUGACCGAAGAUAAUGCCAACAAGAAACUGGCCUAUGUGACCUACCAGGAUAUCCGUGCCGUAGGCAACUUCAAGGAGCAGACCGUGAUUGCCGUCAAGGCUCCACCACAGACAAGAUUGGAAGUGCCGGACAGGGCGGAGGAGAACCUGCAGAUUUAUCUAAAGAGUACCCAAGGCCCCAUUGAAGUCUACCUGUGCCCUGAGGAGGGGCAGGAGCCAGACAGUCCUGCCAAGGAGGCUCUCCCUUCCACCUCCACCCUCAGCCCCGUCCCUGACUGCGCUCAGCCCGGCUGCAGCACUGACUCGGGGAUCGAAGAGACCAUAGAGUCUUCAGUACUGAUACCCCAGCCGGUACCACCGCCACCGCCACCACCACUGCCGCCAGCCCCAUCCCUCGUCCCCUUGGAAGCCACUGACAACAUGCUGGAGCUGUCGCACCCACUUCUACAACAGACUGAGGACCAGUUCCUGUCCCCAAUCCUGGCAGCCAACUCCCCUCUGAUCAGCUUCUCCCCGCCCUUGGACCAGGACGAAUACCUGUGGGGCAUGGACGAGGGGGAGGGCAUCAGUGACCUUUUCGACUCCUAUGAUCUUGGGGACCUGUUGAUUAAUUGACGCGUCCUGCAUCUGUCUCUACCUCCUCACAGACAGACUGACAGGCUCUCUGCCCAGCUGGGGGACACCAGACACCAGGUGUCACCCUCCGUCUGCGCGGCUCUAUUCCAGCCUUCCUUUUGGGCGGAGGCCAGCUAGGGAGAUGUGGAGGAUAUGGCUGAGGAGUGUGUCCGGGCUAAGCCCUGAUCCUCCUCUUCUGACCUCCGACCCCUUCAUGAAGGACUACGGGUGCAGGUGGCCAUGUUCAGGGAAAGGGUUCACCGCCUCCUUCUGAGGGGCGGGAGGGCCCUGGCUUUUCCAAGAAGCACUUAACACCUUUGUAUUUAUUUCCAGUUCAGUUGUGUUUGUCCACCCCGAGUUUUAGCAGGGAGAUUUGUUCUAGUUUCUCCUCAGACAGGCCCGCCCACGCCCAGUGCCUAAGGGCACAUCUGGGCUUCCAGGGGUCUAGGCCAGCUCCUUGCACCCCCUUCCCCCGUGGUGCCUGGGUCUUGAGGAGACUAUCCAGUUUGCUUGAAUAUUAAUUGCACUUAGGCUUUGUAAUUUUAGAAAAUGCCAGGCCCAGGCAAGGCACUGGCUUGGGAUUCUCCGUCUCCUCCAUCCUAGAGAAAGUUCCAGUAGCUGCCCUGGGGGGAAGUAGCCAAGGGGGCUGGCUUCCUAUUGGAUCUCUUAUCUUUCCUGAGCCUCUGAAUGUAAAUGUAGGCCUUCAGGAAUUAGCCCAGAAGAGCUCCUGGGAAAGCAGGAGCCACGAGUCAUUCAUGGCUCCUAGAUGCCCUUCCUCGGAGGUCAGAGACCUGGAAGGUGGAGGCAGAGAGGUCUGCCCGAGUUUCCCUGGGAGAUUCCUUAAGCACCCACUGUCCCAAAGCUCUCACUUCACUUCCAAGGUCAGAUGUGACAGGAACUUGGUGUCAGGUUUGCACCUUUCCCUACUGAAGUGCUGAAGGGGGCAGGGGUAGGGCGUUCUUCCCUGCAGCUGAGGCCUCAGCAGCUCAUGAGGGGAUAGGCUGGUGCCUGCCACCUCUCCUGGCGUGGGGACCUGGGAAGAGCUCUUGAUCUCACUUGUUCUGCCCAUAGACUGACCAUCCAGGGUUCCUGUGGUCCUGCUUUCUUCCUUGUCUUUCCAGGGAUGGAGAAUGGGCUUAACAAAGGCCAUGUGUCCGGAGAGGUGUACCCAGGGGUGGCGGGGUCUGAGAGGCCUUCCACCUACCCUCAGGGAGCCUGGGUUUCUCAGGGGCUCAGUGGGGCAGCACUUUUGUUGUUGUUGUUGUUGUUGUAAGUUUGUAGCAUUAAAUUGAUUUAAAAGAUGAAGUUGGCUAUGCCAGGUAGGUCCGAGCUAGCUGACUGGGAAUUUGAAGUUUGGAUGUUGAGCUAAUAUGUACUGACACCCUUUUGGGUUAAUUUGUCUUAUCCUUGAGUCAGCUUCCUGGGCCCAUAGUUAGUUCUGUUCGAGGAGUGGUCAGUGACUCACACACACACCCCUACACACACACUUGAAAUUUGUCUACUUCUACACCGAGUGUCCGAGUGACCUCGUCGUCUCUAAAGUUCACCCUCAGGAACUGCAUAGAUAAGCUACCAAAAAAAAAUAAUUAAUCUCAUGAUGUUUGAAGUUCGUUUACAACUCUGUGUUGGGCUGUGUUCGUAGGUGUCUGCGGCCCGUGCUGCAGGUUAGACACACAGGCUACAGAGGUGUCCUUGGUCUCUCCCAGCAUGGGGGGGGGUCUCAGACCACCCGGAAAGCCCAGUGUGCUUUAGACAGGGGGUCCCUUGAGUGAUGACCUGGGCUCUGGUUUGAUGCACGUGAGGCCGGAGACAGCAUUGCUGUUCCCUGGUCUUUGCCAUUUAGCUGUGCGCCAACUCCGAGAAACGAGAUGCCCAACCUCUGUGCCGUGGGCUCUGGGUGGAGGAGAGCUUGGGUUGUAGCGGGAAGAGGACUGUCGUUCCUGUCUGGAGUGAGGUUAAGAAUGCAGUCCAAGCCGGGCAGUAGUGGCGGCACGCCUUU